AUGUUUUUAAAAAUAAGUCCAUCACCAUUAUCACCAAACAAAUCAUCCAGAUUAUUAUUAUUAUCACGAUCAUCAUCAUCAUCAUCAUCAUCAUCAUCAUCAUCAUCAUCAUCAUCAUCAUCAUCAUCAUCAUCAUCAUCAUCAUCAUCAUCAUCAUCAUCAUCAUCAUCAUCAUCAUCAUCAUCAUCAUCAUCAUCAUCAUCAUCAUCAUCAUCAUCAUCAUCAUCAUCAUCAUCAUCAUCAUCAUCAUCAUCAUCAUCAUCAUCAUCAUCAUCAUCAUCAUCAUCAUCAUCAUCAUCAUCAUCAUCAUCAUCAUCAUCAUCAUCAUCAUCAUCAUCAUCAUCAUCAUCAUCAUCAUCAUCAUCAUCAUCAUCAUCAUCAUCAUCAUCAUCAUCAUCAUCAUCAUCAUCAUCAUCAUCAUCAUCAUCAUCAUCAUCAUCAUCAUCAUCAUCAUCGUCAUUAAUUUCUUUCUUUCUUAUCUAUUUAUACUCUACAUAUUUAAUAUAA